AUGAGAGACAGGAUUGUCUACGACUGGGUGAUGAUAUUCUUGAUAUGGGGUUGGCAGUUCUAUAAACUGCUCUACACCGCCUCAGCCCUCUGCAUCAUCUGGCUUUUCCUCUCGCUGACUCCCACCCUCUGGAACCCAACCAACUGGCUCUCCUGUCUCAUGUUUGGCCUCCAAGCGGCGUCCGAGUUCAGCUACAUGCCCGACCUCGACCUCAUCGAAAGUCUUCACAAUAGUGAUGUCUCCGGGCGCUGUCUGUCUUUUGCCGAGAAAGAAAACGCCACCGCCGGUCCCGUAGACGUCGUCUCGGGGUUCUAUGGUCCCGGUACGUAUCUUGCGUGGUUGGUGACUGCUUAUGUGGCAGCAUUCUCCUCGAUAUGGCACUCCAAAUGCGCGCCGAGUGAGGAACGGAGAGAAAGAGACGCGGCGGGUGAGGGUUCGGAGUACUUUUCUCUGCCCUGGUGGGGCAGUCAAGAGUCGGCAGAUGCGCUGGAUGCGGAGAUGGCCAUGGCGCUGCUGUACCCACUGAUGGCGCUGGGUGAUGUCUUUAUCAGGUUGGUACGAUGUAAAAUUGAUCCACAGAUGAGCGCCGCGGUGUUCGUGCUAUUUUCGGCGUUGAUGAUCUUUGGACCAACGUCGAGGCUGUCGUGGCAGAAGGAUGGGGUGGAACCUGAGCUGGAAAUCUUUCCGAGGACGAAGCGAAGUUGGGCGUGGAAAUUCUCGGGGUUCUUGAUCCAUGGAUUUGUUAUCACGCUUAUUGGGGAGCCGUAUGCGUACACCGUGGAGUUGGUGAUCCCGGUGUAUGUCAUGUUGCUUGUACUGACUUUCUUUUCUCUGAUCCGCGGGGAGAGGCUGAGUGAGACAUAUCCAUACCGGACGACGGCUUAUUGGUCUCGGGUUGUGAGGAUUGUCGUCUUCACCAUGAUGCAGAUCAUUUUCUUCUCGGUUGCGCUGGGGAAGAUCGGAUCCCUGGUACCGUUGACGGGGUCGUCAUUGUGGGAUUUCGACCAAAUCGCGACUUUGGGAAUGGCAAUCGUGACGUUGAUGUUCUUCAGAACGCAGAGUGUCGGGUCCUUGGUUUCAAGCAUACGCCACAGGCUAGCAGGAUUUAGACUACUCAAUGGUCCGGAGACUGGUAGCCACACGGAGCUUACGGAUAUUGUUAUUCGAGACACCGAGCAAUAG